AUGUUCUUCAGCACUGUCUUCAUCUCCACAAUCACCCUAACUCUCGGAGUUUCCGCAAUCCCCGCCUCUCCCAUCAACUCUCGCUACGUCCAACUGCGUCUCUACGGGGAACCCGGUUGCUCAGCCCUAAACCUCGGCGAGCUCGGAGUCUAUGGCGACAAGGUCAACUCGUGCCAGACUUUUGGCAGCGAUACAGUCCGAUCUGUGAGCUUUGAGGCCAAUUACGUCGAAGGCUGCACUCUGGCCGUGUACAAUGAUGUUACCUGUCACCUGAACCGCCAUGACGUUGAUGUCAAGACUUGUCUUGCUGGAGACAAGAGCUAUGGUAGUUACAUUGUUGAGUGCCCCCUUGCAUAG